AUGACAUCACCAGGCCAGGUCCUGACUAUUGACAAAAACUCCCCACCCGCGUGUAUCCUACGUGUGCCGCUCGAUGCGCGGCGCGAGGCCUAUCUUGAGGACCUGGUUCGCACCCACACACCCCUAGUGAUGCGUUUCCGCCGUGUACUGAGGGCCGACGCACCGCCGGAGUGGGAAGACCACAACGCGAGCCACUUCGAGGCCUUGCUUUCCAUCGAUCUCACUCCGCUGGAGGAGCCUGGAGCGCGUGAGAUUGUGCGGGCGGUAGCGCCCCUGGAGCCGCGCAACCAACGCCUCAGUGCCCCUCCGACCGCGACGCCCGACCAAGGCGGGUUAAAGCGUAAACCAUCCGCUAUGGAAGGCACAUACCCGGGAGGGGGCGCCACGCAGGUCUCCGUAGAAGGCGGCGAGCGCACCAAAAAGCUCAAGACGACGGCACGCCGCGCCAAGGCCGGCGGGAUCCCCGCGACGCUCUACGAGGAGCCUGACACGUCCGCCCCUCACCCUUACCUCGCCGCUGGGACCUUCGCGACGGUCUCGCUGAAGCUCUCACAUACUUUAGCGCCGCUUGUCAGCGACCGCGUCCGGCCGGAUGCAACGCCGCAGCGUCUCCUCAUCACCCGCCAAAGCACCCGUCCUGCCAAGGCGGUCGUCGAGGAGCCUGGCCGAUGCGUGGCAAACGCGCUGGACCGUAUCGUCAAGAAGGUUCUCGGCGACUACCAGACCAUGACCGGCGCGUGGCCCGUCCUGCCCCCGACCGCGUCGUCGGAGGAAAAGGAGGAGUGGCGGAGGCAAUUUUUUGACUUCCUCCAGUCCUCCGGACAGGUCACGGCCUACAAGGCGUAUCUGACGCCGCUGGUGGUGCGUCUGGUUCGCGAAAAACUCUCAGUGGUGAGCGGGGAAACCAUCAGCGGUGACGGAGGAGGUGAGAAGCACCCGUCUGCGAUCACACGUAAAUACAUCAGUCAGCUGAGCAAUGAGCUCUAUGUGUACCUGCUUGACUGCGUACAUAGCUCGCUGAACAACGCAAUGGAGCAGUACGAUGCGCCGGCGCGGGCGCGGUCUGGCGAGGAAACGCAGCUCUCAGAGGGGGGGAUCGUUCCCGGUGAGAGAAGCCACGGUGCCAAAUUAGGUGCUGCUCCCGAGCAGUGUACAGACCCGUGGAUCACGCGUGCGAUGGAGGCGGAGUCCAGCGGCGACUAUGGCCCCGCGGAAACUUACCACCAGGCGCGUGUAACAGCGGCCGUCCAGGGUACUCUGGAAGAGACACCGUCAUCAGGCGGGUUGCUACUCUGCUGCGUGUGGACCGACGCUGCGGACUUUUACGUCCGGAUUGGCGAAAUCGCAAAGGCAGAGCAGUCGUAUCGAGAGGCCAUCGCAUGCAACACGUUUUACACCCGCGCACUUCUGGCCUAUGGCAUGCUGCUUAUGGCAUAUGACCGGCUAAGCGAGGCGGCCGUCUACGUGCACAGUUGUGUGGAAGUGUCCGACGCUGAAUCGCUUCCACUAGUGUGGGGUUGCAUCGCCUUGCUUAACAACCUUUAUAUGCUCCACGUACGCGAAGGAAGUUCGGGUUACGAGGCGGAGUUGGCACAAUGGGAACGAGAACGCCGGUUGGCCGUGAGAAGAGCCCUACUUACUGGGCAAAUGCUUUCCACGAAUAACGAAGGUAGCGCCGUAGGUGUGCCAGUGUCGCAAGUCGAGAUAAACGACAAUGCUGCCGAGACCGCCGCUAUAUUUCAAAAGCAAACGAAUGAACAAGAGGAGAUAGUUUUCAUGUAUGUUGCUCGUUACGCCACGCAGCUGCAGCAUUCAGAGCUGGCGAAUAUCUGUCUUGCUCGAUGCCGUCUUGGUUGCACUUGCGUGGAGCUUCUUUACGCUCGACUUUUCGCACAAAAUGGCCAACACCGGAACGUCCUAGAAACGCUUGACACGCUGGAUAUGAAGCAACAAGAAACGGAAGCAAAGCAUAUGGAGGACUGUGAAGUAGAUGAAGAGAGUGGGAAUUUAACCACCACAGGGGGUACAGAGGAGCAAGGAAUAGUAGACGAUGAUGAGAAAGAGUGUUUCGCGACAAAACCGCCAAUGCCUCCUCGGGUCGAUCCACAGGUGCUCAAUGAUGAAGUACUGCUUCUUCGUGCUCAAAGCAAGGAGGCCCUUGGGCAUCUGGACGAGGCAAUCCACCUGUAUAAAGCAGCUCUGUGUAAAACGGACCACAAAGGCCACCAUCGCCAUGGUGUGAAGACAGGUGUCGUCGAGGCCCCGAUUGCCCGUGUUCCAGAAUAUCUUCUGCCAACAACCCCAAAGGCGGCGAAGCAGAAGUUGCUUGAUGAAUUCGACGUCGGGCACUCCCUACACUACCGCUUCAGCAUAGGAUAUCUCCGCCUUGGUAAUCUCCUCCUCGGUAGGGGUCGUUUUAAGGACGCGACGGGGGUGUUCACCCUUGGUAUACAAGCCUGGCCAUUGAAUAGCCUUAUGUGGCUUGGCACCGGAAUCGGUUACUACCGAGCAGGCAAUAUAGUUGCCGCGGAGGUAUGUCUCAACAAAAGCAACGUGUGCAACCCCCUUAACCCUCGUACAUGGGCCUUUCUCACACUCCUAUGCAUGCGUACGAACCCGGAGCAGGUGCAAAUGAUGCUAGAGCAGACAGUUCAUCACGGCUUAUCAGAUGUUGCGCUGUGGGCUGAGCUUGGAUGCGAAAUGCUCAUCACCGUGAACAAGCCAAUGUGGAGCAUAAGGUGCCUUCAGCACGCACUGAAUUACGUGGCAAUUCCAACCCAUGAUAUCAUUCAUGCAGACGAGGAGGGAUUACCACCAGUUGCCCCUGUGCAGCAAGACUUGAGCAGAGGCAAUGCAAUAGACAUGGACAUCACAAGAAGCAAUGAAUCGAUGGCGUCGAUCAGAAAUGUACAUAGUGAUGACACUUACACCUCAGGGAUCAUGCAGGGCCCGUCAGCGCUUCACACACGCCUGGCCAGCAUCUGUUUGUAUUACCUUUCCCAUGCCCUUCUGCGUCUAAGCCGAAUAGAAGAAGCACGACGGGCGCUCACUAUGAUAAUUCGCGACUCGACAGAUGAAGUACUCAAAGCAAAGGCAGAGAUGGAUUUGAAACAUUGUGCAUAA